AGGGAUCCGGGAGGUAUAUAACCCCUCGCAGAUAUAGUUGCAAGUGCAUAAAAUGUAAGGAUCAGAUCUGUUUUGUUGAGUGACGAUGGUUCGACCUCGUCGCAGCCGGGGUAGGAGAAGAUGGUCCUCGGCAGUCAGUUACGCACGAAGCAGUGUCGCGAUCGCAUGCUACUUACGAGAAGUUGCAUUGCUGAUUAAUGCCGCCGGCGUGUGGAAGAUCCCAGAAAGCCAGAAAAAACAACAGAGCGGAGCAGCCUCGUUGAUACUCCAGCAGAAGGAGCAGCAUGGUCGUACAACCAAGGGGAAGACCGCAAGCAAGACUGCCAGCACGAGUGGUCAGACCCCUGUCAGCCCACUCAACACGAACCAAUACUAUCAGGAAAAAACGGACUGUCACACCAUAUCUGAAAGGGUUGACGUCAUGAUGUACGCAUCCUUAUUGGAAUUUUCACGCAGAGCGGACACAGGAUAGGCAUGAACAGGAAAGUUCUUCGCCUGCGCGUGAUCAUGUUGGCAGAAAACAAUUGGAUUUUCGUGUUCAUCAUGAAAUCAAUGUAUACUCUGGCUUUCCAAUCAUCCGAGAAAAGAAGACUUGAUGAAAGAAACGAAGCUAACAAAUUCUAAACCCGGGUAAGCACCUACUGACUGAAUGAAUGCUUUCCAAUCACGUCGGUAUCGAAAUGGACAAUGUUUAUACAUGGUAUGGAUGUGCUUUUUUCUUUGUGAUAAAUGCUGGGUGACGGACAUUACAAGUAAACACGAUGUGGCACGCCUACCCUUUUGGAGUACGCAUCCUAUUCUUGGCGGCGGUCCUCUUGAAUCGCUUCGCGUGACCUUGCAGAACCAGGAUACGGGGUACCCGAACCACAAACCUCUCAAUGUGGCAAACGCAGAGUUUGAGAGCACGAUCGGAAACAAGGCCGCUCUGACAGAAGUGGGCUGCUAUGUCGGUCCAAAGAGGGGACACACACAUGACACAGAUCCGAACGACGAGGACAACAGAGCCGGAGCUGAUGCCUGGGAUGAGCUGCCGUUCUUGGAGUCCCGAGAACAGUCGCGCGGCACAGGCUCUGCUACCAAAGACACCAAGCCGUCCAGUGACUCACUGCAAUUGCUGACGGGCGAUUACCAGCUGGAGCCUUCCGCCGUGUACCGCUGCGCUGAAUGGUGUGCGUUGGAGUACUAUCAGCUGCAGAGAUAUUUGGGUCUGGCUCAGAGCGCUACACGUUUGUCCUGCAGUUUUUGUCGCACCUGCUAGUUCUUGUAAGAAUAGACGGUCUACUGGGACGCACACGCAAGCCCCGAGAGCACAGGAGGUUUUGCGAGGGCUUCUCAGCCACAGAUAUGCAGCAAUAUUCAUUCCCGACGAGCCAGACAUUUUUGCAAUGCACAAUUACCGUGCCAGUCUCAUUGACCAAACUGAGCACCUAAACACGUACAAUCUUAUCAAAGAUGUCAAAGAGGUAUGCGCUACAUAAAUGUAGAGUGUCACCACGCUCGUUUAUUGAGUUGCGUUCUGCAGUGUAACACGAUAUGUAGUCGAUGAAGAAUUCCGCUUUCUUGGCCUUGUCUCGUUCUCGAUUCGUACUGGAGAUUCGCGUGAUUUUUGCCGUGCUAUUGCUGCGAUGCGAAGAAUUGUUGAUUUUCUGAUGCAGGAGCUCAUGUUCACACAAGGGUGACAUUUUGGAUUUGGAAUGCAUAAUAGCCCGGAAAUGAGGGAGCAGAAAACCUGAUUCCGUUUCAAUAUGCAGGCAUCUCUCUAGGAGAUGAAGACGAGGGGGCCUCCGGUCUGAUUUCUGAUUAUAUCAAGAGCAAGGUCCCCUCAGCACCGCGCUAUCCAGCCAUCUGAACGUUAGCGCCACUACCUACUUUCUGCAAGCUGAGCGUCAAGUGAAUACCUGCAAGACUGUUAUUAUGGAAGCACAUUCAUCCUAUGCACAGUUUCUCCAAACCAAACUGUGGGCUAUGUUUUCAUGCAGAGUUUGCGGAAUAAAAUAAAAAAUCAUAGUACACGUAGAUGGGCAAUAAUACAAUAUCUGAAGCUCUCUCGUCCUUUCAAGCGAACUACCCAUCAACAGCUAUCAAUCCAUGCCUGUCAUCGUGAGACUUAGAGGUGGACGGGGAAGGAUAAUCCACAGGGACUACUUCAAACCUUGGAUUUGCACUUUUACUCUCAUGCUGUAGAAGAAAGAGAAACGGGCUGCCGCUGCGAGAUUUAGAAUGACGCGCACCGCGACUAUUAUCCUCGUUGACACACACCGACAAAUCGAAAAGCGCGAAGUGUCGUUGUCCAUUUUUACGGUGGUCGGGGGACAUUUGCAUCUUAGUAGAAGCCGAUGCGGACAAGGCCGGGUACCAAGUGGACCGGACGCAGUACCGGUGUCGCUGCACCAACGAGCUUCUGACGUUUGUUUCGGACGAGGUCAACUCUCCAUGCGUGGAGUGCCCGCGAUAUGCAGAUGCCGGUUUCAAGUGCGGGAGCGGUAAAGCGGUCAGUGUGUACCGCAUUGCCCCGCCGUUUGAAGUUCAUACUGGAAAGGUGAAUGACCCGCCGGUGGUCCAGGUUCCGUUCAAAUGGAUCCGGCGCGGGCUGCAGGCCAACCCGACAGAACACAUCCACAGCCACUCCGACCGCCUAUAUAAGCUUCAAAGGCUGCCGCAACGAUGGGACCGCAACUACGUUGACUCGCACCACAAAGCAAAGGCACAAGACCAGUGCCGUCACCUGCAACUUCCGAACAACGAUCGCGAUACUCCUUUCAACGAGACGCAGACGAGAAUUGACUUUACGCGAACCGGCGGGCAGGUGUAUCUAAAUAUGUGGGACGACGACCCAGCGGGCCACGUGGGGUUUCACUAUUGGCCGGACCGUGCCCUCUGGAAAAAGGCGCUUCCUCUCAGCCAUGCGGAUGCCACGGCCGGACUAUUCUCCGACUCGGAAGAAAUCGUAUUCCCGGGCCCUUCUCAAGACACGACGAAAACCGGCGUCAUGUACACUCGCACCUAUUUAUCCAGUGCACCGUCGGAGAACAUUUGUCGCCGGCCCUUGUUGUGAGCACCCUUCGUCUAAUGUCAAAAAUCUAGCUGUGCCGGAAGUUUGAAGCCGUCAUCCUGUUCGGACUGGCGAAGGAGCACGACGUGCCUGUGUCAAGGAUGAGAAUGUAGCCACGAGUUGUGCAAAUAAGGCGAUGCACAAGAAAAUAUGAUUUCUCGUUUGCUAAUACCAGCUGCGAGCUGUCGACGUGGCAAGCCACCUGUUGCUAGUUUCUCUUUGUAGGUGGAUGACGAAUUUAGCAAUGAGUUUUCAGAGGCAGGAUCAACAUCAUCAUGGCAGUUCUCGGGAUACAGAUCAAUGAAGGACCACGUGAUCAUCUUCAAUAGCACACCUGACUUAAGAAAGGCAGCAUUAGAUAACAAAAACGUCGCAACAAGAGUUCGGAACGUUUUUGCACAGGACAUUGCCAAAAGGGAGCCACGGCGCAUUUGUAUGGCAACGACGCGAACGGCCGCGGGACGUACACCGUGUUUGUAUGCCCGACGGACAGGGACCACGUUAUGGCAUUCUCAACUGUUACAUUCUCAACUGUUACACGGAUUUGUCAUGCAAAAUUGCCAUCAGCUUCAGCCUCCACUUGAUCAAGGUGGGUAGCAUGACAAAUCUUCGAAGGGCUAAAUAGCAUCUAAAUCUGUGGAAAAUCUGUGAUGCGAAAGCUGCAAUAGUGCCACUUUCAGUAUUGCUGUUCUUGCGUUACAAAUCCAUGUAACAGUUGAGAAUGUAACGUUUGAGAACGCCAUACACGUAUUCCAAAGUCACGGGCAAGCGCAUCAGCCUAUCACAAGCCCGGAAAAUUACGUGUCUGUUUUCUUGGAGCACGUUCAGUGGGAUGACGCCGCGCAAAACUACAAGCCGCAAACGUGUGUGAACACGUCAGACGACGAUCCUUACGCACCAGUCAAUCUAGCUGCGGUUGGCAACGAUAAUUACCUUGUCCGCGAUCGGUUUCCGCGGGGAUUAUCACACACACAAAUAGACGACUCCUCCCCCGCAUAUUGUUGGAAGUGAGAUUUUCGCGCAGUGGUAUGACACAGUAUUUGAUAUACGUUUGUUGGACAAAGACAUACUGUAUGGGCGUGCGGAUUUCGAGUUCUAUCAGGCCUGCAACAUGUUGCUGUUGAGCAUGGCUUGUGUCUUUCCUACAGGAAGCAGAGCACUUUAGUAGUACACGACAGCACUGAAAAAUAAAUACCGAUGCGCAGAUGUUAUCGAUUAGCUUGAGUUUGCGCAUGCCUCGUAGUCACAGGGAUUUGCAGAAGUAACUAAGUAGUAAGUCAGUUCUACCUCCCACGGGCCCCGUCUUCUUCCUCCGUGUCUUGGUGAUAAAUGAGGAAUGUUCCGCUUCACGUCCGAGCGCCGGCGCCAGUCAUGGUAGCAUAUCUGUCCCACACUUGUGUUUUGUUUGGCUUUGCUGGCACGAGGAAAAAUAUUUCUGUCUGCGUGUGGGGAGGGGAAUUUUUCGUCUUGAUGCGAAGGCGUACCACACGAGACAGAUUUCCGGCAGUUCGGGGGGAGCGAGGCGGAGCUGGUGGAUUUCCUGGAGCGCUGCGAAAGGCACUGCAUGUCCGUGCCGCGGGAUAUCUGUGGCGGGUUUAUCUACGACGAUGACGACGAGCGAUGUAUCUUCCAGAUAAUGAAGACGGGCGCAUAUCAGAUGAUGCCCACCUACGGACUGGACUCCACCAGCUCGGUUGAAAAACAGCAGGGUUUUCGCUGCGCCGACAGUGGCAACCGACUCUACCGGUCCUUCCAACGGUUCAACGAAAUCUCGAGUUUGGACCCGCACAAACCUCAUCCUAGACGUAUCGUGGUCUCUGCAGGACGAGUUUUGUUCACGUUUUCAGCCGUUGCAAGCAUCUUGAUGUUUUCGUUUUCUUUGUAUAUCGACACAAAUUCUUUUUGUUUGGAAUGUAACAGGUGGUCUCCACCUCCCUGUUACUUGUCGCGACACCAUGCCUGGCAUUAGCUGGAAAAAAAACAUUACAAAUGAAAUCAUGAUCGCCAAAAGAUGAAUGCAAGAACAGCUGAUGAAAAUGUGAGUAACAACAGUUGAGGGGGCCAUAGGAUGCUUUCUCGGCGAAACCACCUUCGGCGAAACCAGUACACGUGCACUCCCGGAGAGUUACAAGGCAAAGUUUCCUGGCCUUCGCCCUAUCCGGGAUAACUGGCAGGAGGACAUGGUCACGACCGGUUUCAUGGAUCGCGAGUGCAUUCGGCCGGAGUGCUAUCCAACCUACUAAACGGGUCUCCACCUGUGAUACAUAUUUGAUAAAGCUCCGAAGAAGAAACAGAAAGUCGUGCAGCAAUUGCGAUAGCACUGGUGCCCAAUUUUUAAAGAUUGCUCAGAUGACUGUGUAGGUACGGAAAGUCGAUGUCGUCCACUAGCAAGGACUAGUUUCACCUACUUUCACUCGUGUCUUUUUAUUUUGAUGAGACAGGCGCAGGCGAGGGGCGCAACGCAACAAGUUCAAGUUUUGGCCAUGCAAAGCAAACGCGUCAUGUACUUGCUACAGGAGCAAGUAAGUAGAUAGAAGAUAGAAACAGCUUCAAGCAGAUCGCCGUGCAAAGAAAUCACAGGGGGGUGCUUUUUUUCACAAUACGUGCGUUGGAGUCACAAUGUACGGCGACUCGCCAAACUACGAAGUUGCACAAUUUUUCCUUCGCUUGAGUUCAUUGAGGAGCUGCACGAAAACGAAGGAAAGAAGUGCAGCGCUGUUGUGACAAGCCUACAGACAACACAAAUGUGCAACUAACUUUAGGUACUUAUAACGCGCGGCGCUGUCGAGGUGCGCAUCGUCAUACAGACACAGUCCCAGUGGUGCAACUCCGAAAUAAGGCAUCCUAUGAAGAUGGACUUUUGAUGUUUCCGUCUUUGAAUCUAGAAAAGUCCGAGGGAUAAUUGUGCAAGAUCAUACAAUUCCAACGACCAUAGCUGACCGUGACAAGCUGAAGUGCUCCAACAUCUGUAUGGUCUAGUUCUCAGGUUACAGUCUCGAGGCUAUUCUUUUUCACCUGCAGAUGGUGAUGAUAUCGCUGGCAUUGCGACUACUCUUUAGUCUGCGCUCCUUACCGUUGCCGAUGCCGUUACUUGCGUGCCUUGUAUGGUUGCCACAAGCUUUCCUUCUACAAGGCCCGCUUGGUGUCUGUUGUUUGAAAAGAACCUUGUCACGAGGACCACGCGAGGCGCAAAGCAAGAAUAUACAGUGCUCGCGCUCGUGGACGUGGGCGUCCUGAUGCAAAAGAGGAACACGCUGGAGAUGUGAUAUUUUGCAUAAAUUGAUUUCGCCUGGGUCACAAAAAAUGAAUCUGCAAGCAGCUGAGAAUGUAACAGUUGAGCUGGUCAUAUUCUGGGCCAUUAUUGACUCCUGCAAGUGCACAGCAAAAGCGGGCGACGAGACCAACACAUCUUGCGCAGCUGCCACGGAGUAUCGGGGCUGCUCAGUUUCCGCAUGCGGAGGCAUCCGGAAGCAGUAGCUUCCCGCUGCAACGUCCAUGACCGUGCUUAGUUCCUGAGUUGCUGGUGAAGUUGCUUUCCUUGAGCUCGGAAGCGUCUCUGCGGACUCAGGCCUUCUAGCGCUAUAUUUUUCAGCAGUUUUUUGCUGUCGUAGUCGUUGUUGUUCUAAGAAUAAAGAGGGGGGCGCUUGUACCAAUGAAAAUAAAAUGAGAAAAGCAAAAAGAGAAAGACAAGGUGGAAGCCAUAGGUCUUCUCAUACUGAUGAGAUUUAUUUAUCUGCAGAUUCUAAAAGCGUGUAAACCAAAGCGAUCUGAUAUAGUUUGUAAAAUUACUAGAAUAUAUAUAUAUAAGUAUAACUGAGUAGGGCGAGAAGAUCGCAACGACAUUUUUCUCCGCCCAGAUGUACUUCUACAGGUUCCAGCUCUGUCGGGUUUUUAGGCGGUGCGAGACUUUGACCCCUGGUGAAAGGUUUCACAGUAUGUAUGCAUAGGCUAGUGGGACAAGGGGUCCUUGUCCUCGCUUCGUCGUCGAGUUGUUUUUUUCAAAACGUAGUAGACUUGAAAUCAAGCGCGUCGCAUUUAAGGGCGCUUGCAGCACCAGAUGACGGCGAAAUACUGCUUCCCCAC